GUCUUUGAACUAUAUACAAUAUAAAUGUGCACUUGAUUUAACCGUCAUUCUUUUCUUUCCAUUGCACAAAAUCUACACCAUUUACUGUCGGCACCAAAACAUCAAUCGUGAUGGCGAGUAAGAGUCGUCGUCUCAGCGGACUGGAGAUCUCACUCAUUGUUCUCUUUCUGUUGAUGACGGCAGUUUCAGUGGCACUGAUCACCGUCCUGGCCCUCAAACAGGAAUCAGAUAAAAAAGAAGAAGUGACUCCGGAAGAACCGAGCCCAUCAGUAACUCCUCCAGAAAAGCCUUAUCUGAUUGGUGUGGGUCGAGCGGACUGUACUGGACCAGUGGCAGAUUUACCUAUGAUGGGUUAUGCCAACACCGAUCAGACGGCAAGAGGACUGCACACGCGGUUGUUCAGCAGAGCCUUCAUUGUGGAUGAUGGCAAUAAGAGAGUCGUGUUCGUCACCUCAGACAUCGGCAUGGUCUCGCAGAGGCUCAGGCUAGAGGUUUUCCAAGCACUUAAGGAGAAAUACGGAGACCUCUACAGACAGGACAAUGUGGUGUUGAGUGGCACACACACACAUUCAGGAGUGGGUGGAUAUUUCCAGUACACACUCUUUAUGAUCACCAGCAAAGGCUACAUCAAGCCUUCUAUACAGGCCAUCGUCAGUGGAAUAGUCAAGAGUAUUGAUAUUGCUCAUAGGAAUUUGAGGCCUGGACGAAUAUUCAUAAAUAAAGGACAAGUAGCAGACAGCAACUUCAACAGAAGCCCACAUUCAUACAUGAACAAUCCGGAAGAGGAGAGAAACAGAUAUGAAUUCAACACAGACAAGCAGAUUGUCGUCCUGAAAUUCACAGACCUGGAUGGGGAUGGAAUAGGAUUGCUCAGCUGGUUUGCUGUUCAUCCAGUCAGUAUGAAUUACACCAAUCGCAUGGUGAGCUCGGACAACCUCGGCUACGCUUCCUACAUCUUCGAGCAGGAGAAAAAUAUUGGCUUUCUGCCCGGCGAAAAGGGUCCUUUUGUGGCUGGAUUUUCCUCCAGUAAUCUUGGAGAUUCAUCUCCUAAUAUUCGCGGCCCGGUCUGUGUGAACACAGGAUUGAAGUGUGACUACAUUAACAGCUCUUGCCCUGUUGGAGGAAAAAAAGCAUGCAUAGCAUUUGGACCGGGUGAAGACAUGUUCGAAAGCACCAGGAUCAUAGGAGAGAAUAUGUUUAAAAUAGCAAAGGAGCUGUAUGGCAGUGCAAAGCAGGAGUUACACGGGCCUGUUUAUGGUGCACAUCAGUGGGUCAACAUGACUGAUGAGACAGUCCAGUUCAACUCCACUCAUACAGGGCGGACGUGUAAACCAGCUCUGGGUCACAGUUUUGCUGCUGGUACAACUGAUGGAGGAGGAGAAUUCAACUUUUUACAAGGGGAUACGGAAGGAGACCCUUUCUGGGAUGGCAUAAGAGAUGCUGUUUUGGGACCACCAUCCAAUGAAACCAAGGCUUGCCAUCAGCCUAAACCAAUCCUCUUCAGCACUGGGGAGAUGGAUUCACCUCUUCCAUGGCAUCCAGCCAUUGUAGACGUCCAGAUCAUCACUAUCGGCUCUUUAGCGGUAGUCGCCGUCCCGGGAGAAUUUACUACCAUGUCAGGAAGGAGGAUAAGAGAAGCCGUCAAAAGGGAGCUGGAGGUAAAGGAACCUUUCACUAACGCAGAAGUGGUGGUCGCUGGUCUGUGCAACAUCUACACCCACUACAUCACCACAUAUGAAGAGUACCAGAUCCAGCGAUAUGAAGGAGCAUCCACCAUUUUUGGCCCUCACACUCUCUCCGCGUACAUCCAGCGCUACAGAGGCCUGGCCAAAGCCAUAGCUCAUGGGACAAUAGGAGAGCUGCCAAAGGGACCCGAACCCCCUUUCUUUGAUGAAGACAAACUUUUUAAUCAAGUAAGAGACCCGGUGGCAGAUGUAGCACCAGUUGGCACCACCUUUGGAGAUGUCUUGCAGGAGGUUAACCCUGUCUACAAAGUGGGUGAAAUCGCAUCCGUCACAUUUGUUUCUGGAAACCCGAGGCACUCUGGAGAUAUUAGAGAUACGACACUGGUCACCGUGGAGAGGUUUCACAACGACACAGGCUCAUGGGAAAUAAUUCACAACGACGCAUCAUGGGAAACAAGGUUUCACUGGAUUAAAGGACUCGCGGGCAGGAGUCAGGCUAAAGUGGAGUGGCACAUCCCGCAAACAGCUCAAGCAGGAACCUACCAGAUUCAGUACUUUGGACAUUAUAAACAAACCACAGAAAACACCACAGUCAUCACACCAUACGUGGGCACUUCUGCUGCUUUUAAAGUCGCCAGAAGUUUCUACUACUUUUGAUCAGUGCAUCACUGAGGAAGAACAUUGGAUGCUGAUAUUGAGGAACAUUUUUUUUUAAUUGACUCAUUUUACAAGUCCCUUUGAGUUGAGUGUUACCA